AUGUCAGAAAAUUUGAAAAACAUCCUGGAGGAAUGGAAAGGUCUGGAAGAAGAGUAUCAGCAACUUCAGGAGACACACAGAAUGUAUUUAAAGAAACUGGAUGAACUUUCCAAACUGCAAAACAACUGCUCUUCCUCUAUCUCCCGUCAGAGGACAAGAGUGAAUGAGAUAUCCCAACUGGUGAAAAAAUCCAGCAAAGGGUCAUCAGAAGAAGAUGUCAGGAUUCUGGAUGAAAUAAAAGAGAAAAUCAAGAUUCGACCAAAUGCUUUCUUUCAGAUGGAGGCUUUCCUUCCCAAGAAAAAUAGCCUUUACCUCAGUCUGGUUCUUGGAAACGUGAAUGUCACGCUUUUCAACAAGCAGUCAAAAUUUGCUUACAAAGAUGAAUAUGAGAAGUUCAAGCUGUGCCUCACAGUCAUUCUGCUGCUGUUCUCCUUCAUUUGCUAUUUCUUUGUGAGCUACAGAUUUUCUGACGUAAUCCUCAAUUUUCUGCUGGUGUGGUACUAUUGUACCUUAACUAUCAGGGAGAGUAUCCUCAUCACCAAUGGCUCCAGAAUCAAAGGUUGGUGGGUUUUUCAUCACUACAUAUCAGCAGUUUUGUCCAGUGUAAUGCUGACUUGGCCAGAGGGAAACCUGUACCACAUAUUCAGGAACCAGUUCCUCGCCUACUCUCUGUAUCAAAGUUUCGUUCAGUGUCUGCAGUGCUAUUAUCAGAGCGGAUGUCUGUACAGACUGCGAGCCCUGGGAGAAAGACACAACAUGGAUCUGACUGUUGAGGGAUUUCAGUCCUGGAUGUGGAAAGGGCUGACGUUUCUUUUACCCUUCCUGUUUUUUGGUCAUUUCUGGCAGCUCUUCAACGGGCUGUCUCUAUUCAGAAUGGCUCAGCUCCCAGAGUGUAAAGAAUGGCAGGUUUCAGUGUGUGGGCUCUGCUUCCUUAUUCUCUUCGCGGGAAACUUCUUCACCACUGUUGCAGUCGUUCGUCAGAAGCUAAAGACCAGGAAUCAGAAGCCAAAGAACCUGUGA